AUGGAGGCCACACAAGAAUCCACUCAGCCAUGCACCGAUCCCCGUCGGAUGGGAUUGGACAAUUCCGGACUUCAGGAACAGGACCUGGCCGACAUCAUCUGUAUCCUUCACCCGAACUCGCACGCUGCUCAUGACGCAGUAACUGCGACGGCAGGAAUUGGUACCCAGCACAUCUUGCAGAAGGGCGCCUUGGAAUUUGAAAAUUCAGGAACCGCCGCACUCGAUGUGGCCCUGAGAUUGUCAUCAAACGUCCACGACCCGGGAGCAGGUUUUUGCUUUGGCCGCAACCGAGCUCGCUGCGAUGUGCUGUUGGCAACGGAUGAUGAGGCGAAAAGGGUGUCCAACACUCAUUUCCGCAUCUAUCUGACGGGAGAUGGGAUCAUCAUGCUCCAAGACACUUCUACCAAUGGAACCAUCGUAGACAACUGUCGGCUGCGCAAGAGCCAGAAAGACAACAGCCGCAUGCUCACGAACGGCUCUGUCAUCCAGGUGGUCACUGGCCACCAAGGUUCUGACGAGGUUCGGUUCAUUGUUCGAAUGCCACCUCGAGAGGGGUUCGCAGUGCAGUACACUCAGAAUGUACUUCGAUACUUCGAGCGGGUCCAGCAGCAUGCAACGGGCGCUGUGCAACACAAGAAUCGCCAGGGCGCUGCCCAGCCCGUUUUGUCCUGGUCAGUUGCCAACGCUUACGGCAUGCAUUGGACAGGGGGCUCGGUGUACAACGUGACAGGCCAAAUCGGCAAGGGUGCCUUUGCGACAGUGUACAAACUCGCUACCAAGCAACAUGGGUCCAUCUAUGCCGCGAAAGAGCUUGACAAGCGACGGUUCAUGAAGAAUGGGAUUCUUGACCAGAAGGUUGACAAUGAGAUGAAGAUUAUGAGGGAUCUUAAACACCCAAACAUUGUGCAAUAUAUCGACCACCAUGAGCACGACAGGUGGAUCUACAUUAUCAUGGAAUAUGUCCCUGGAGGCGAGCUUUCCACAUACCUCCACAGCCAUGGCAGGAUCCCCGAGGAGAUGGUCCGCACGAUAGCACGCCAAGUGCUUCGUGCCCUUCACUACCUUCACAAACGCCGGAUUACCCAUCGCGACAUCAAGCCAGACAACAUCCUUAUUGCGUCGCUGGAUCCACUCAGAAUCAAGCUCUCUGAUUUUGGCCUGUCCAAAGUGGUGCAGGAGGAGACCUUUCUCAAGACCUUCUGUGGUACAUUGCUGUAUUGUGCGCCAGAGGUAUAUCCUGACUACGACACAUACCGGCGUGGCGAGGCUCGGAAAAGGCGCCGUGUUGGGGACCCACCUCCCAAAACAUCUCCAUACAACCAGUCUGUAGACACAUGGUCGCUGGGUGCCGUUCUCUACCACAUUCUGUCCGGCAUUCCACCUUACUCGGGGCGCGCCGAGGAUCGUGGCGUGCAGAUGCUCCGCACCAUCAUGACCACGGACGCUGACUUUGAUGUCUUGCGCCGCGAGGGGGUAUCGGAAGCCGGUAUCGACUUUGUGGCCCAGCUUCUCAACCGAGAUCCGUUUUCUCGUCCGACUGAGAAGGAGUGCUUCCAACAUCCUUGGAUCUCUGAGGUUCCUGAUGUGGACGAGUACGAAGACGACGACCUGUUGUCGGAUCAUCAAGACGGUCUUUCCGCGAUUGGCGAGGAUGCUGAGGAAGAUCUGGGCGCGUCUCAGCUUUCCAUCCAUGACCAUGAUGCGUACACCUAUGAAGCCGAAGCCGAAGAAAACAGCAGCAGUGAGGCUCUCGCGAAAAGACCGCGCAUUGAGCACAUCCCUACGGAUAUUCGAUAUCCCUCUCUUCCCAACAUCGAGAGUUUCCAGGAUGGUCAGGUGGCUGCCGAGCACAACGCAAGACGUCUGUUUGGUGAAGUCGACCCGGCAGCUCUGCGCAGCUCCCACGCUUUAGGCUCCGUGGCUGACAACGAUGAUGCUUUUGACAUUGAGGACUUUCCUUCUUCUGGUGAGUCCAUGAGCGAUGAUCACAGCGUCUACUCGGUCAUUUCCCUCCCAGAACACCCAUUCGGUGGCACUGCCCCCAGCCUUAUGGGAACGGAGAACCUCGUCGGACGGCUGAACAUGAACUCCUCGCACCCCAUCCUCCACUCGCAGGCCGUCCCGGUUAACCAGAUCUCGGCGCCACAGACCAGCCCUGGAAAACCCAAGGAGCCCGCGAAUGCAGAUAGUACCACAAACCAAGAGGCCGCCCCAGUCAGCUCUGAAGCCAAUCAGACCACUCCCAAGGCGGCUAAAUUCUCCCGUCGCAUCGAUCUUGCGCUCCCUGACACAAUCAGUGAAGGUUCCAGCAAUAAUGGCUCGCGAACCAGUCGUCGGUACCCGCCUAGUGAUCCAGAAAGCCGCACUAGGGAAUGUGAUAUCGAGCUCGCUACCACCCUUGAUGCGCGGACGGGACAAGCAAUCCUAGAGCAACUUGAGAGCACGGACUCAGGGUCAUCGGACCCCAUCGUCCAUCAGCCGGAGCAUGCGUCGAUCCCGCCACACGUGGCCGACACAGAAUUCACCAAGCCACGACCGGUACUUGGCCGUCUUAUCAGUCUCCCUGGCUCUAGUUUUGACAUUUCGCUGCGUCUGGAAACCCGGAUGACCUCCUGGGGUCGGGGUCUGAAGGCGACUGUCCGGCACCCUUUCCCCAAUGACACGCGGAUCCCCGCGUACGCCCUAGAAGUCACAUUCUGGGCGCCCGCCAUUGAGUCGAAGAUUGCAGCGGGGAAGGACUGGAUGCAGGUCCCCGGAGUCAUGGCGAUCCUGUCCACGAAAACGCGCAAAUGUAUCUGGGUGAACGACGUUGAGCUGCGCCGGGGCUCGUCGACCGAGGACGGGCCCGAGGGAUUGCACUUUGGCAAGAUCUACACCGGAGACAUUAUCACCGUGUUUCAGUCCAAGGGCGAGUUUCUCAAGCUACGCUGUGAAUUUUAUCAUGGCGACAGUGCGCGACAACGGCCUGCCACCGAGUCGGGGUUUGUGGUGCGCCAGGCACUCAUGGCCAAGUCGGAUGUGGCAGCAAACCGGUUGCCAGCUCGAGCAGAUGAACCGAAGGAAUUGAAAGAAUAG